GCGCCUUCUCGCUGAUUGGCCACUAAGGAUAUUUGAAAGGAGGAGCUGGCGCGGAAAACGAAGACUACCUUUUGGAUAUUUGCUGGAGGCUGGAGGCUCCGACUGGAGCCUUUUGCCAUGAGGAACUUCAAAGGAGUCAACUUCGCGGCUCUGCUAUGCAGCAAGAAGGACGCCCAGGAGCUGCUGUGUGACUUGAAGGAGUUCCUGUCCAGAGCUCAAACUGAUUUUCCCAGCAGCCGAUCUGAUGCUGAAAGAAGACAAACCUGUGACGCUGUCCUGAGGGCUUGCAACCAGCAGUUGACUGCCAAGCUCGAUUGCCCUGGGCAUCUGAGGAGUCUGCUGGACCUGGCAGAGCUGGCCUGUGAUGGCUAUUUGUCGUCCACCCCACAGCGCCCUCCUCUCUAUCUGGAACGGAUUCUUUUCAUCUUGCUUCGGAAUGGUUUGGCUCAGGGAAGCCCAGAGACUGUGCUGUGCCUUGCCCAGCCUCUCCAUGCCUGCUUGGUACAGAGCUCUCGAGAGGCUGCCCCUCAGGACUAUGAGGCCGUGGCUCGGGGCAGUUUCUCUCUGCUCUGGAAGGGAGCAGAGGCACUGUCAGAGCGGCGAGCUGCAUUGUCAACUCGGCUGAAGGCCUUGAGCUUCUUAGUGCUCUUGGAGGAUGGCAGUGUCCCUUGUGAGGUUCCUCACUUUGCUUCUCCGACAGCCUGCCGAGUGGUCGCUGCCUAUCAGCUGUUCGAUGCUAGUGGACAUGGUCUAGACGAAAUAGAUGCUGACUUCCUAUAUGACUUGCUUUCUAGGCAUGUGAUCAGCGUCUUAGUAGGUGAGGGCGGUCGCUCUCCUGGUCCACUUUCUCCCCAGAGGGCCCUCUGCCUCUUGGAACUCACCUUGGAACACUGCCGUCGCCUCUGCUGGAGCCACCACCACCACAAGGCUACCAGCGCAGUAGCAAAGGCUCGUGACCACCUAGAGAACAGCAGUGUAGCUCCCAGCCUCCACUUAUGCCAGUUGGGGGUUGAGCUGCUGGAAGCUGCAGAAAAAAAACCAGAGGCAGUGGCCCAGCUUCUGAUGAAGGCAUCGGCUCUUCUGAGCAGCAGUCUGGAGGCACCAUGGCCCCCGCUUCGGGCACUGUAUGACAGUUGCCAGUUCUUCCUUUCAGGCCUAGAGAGAGGCAUCAAGAGGCACUGUGGACUUGAUGCCAUAUCAGAGCUCUUUGCUUUUGUUGGAGGGUACUGCUCCCUUGUCCGGCAGCUUCGAGACGUCUGUGAGGUUUCCUCCAAGCAGCAGCCUUUGCUUCAGAUGCUCUUCCAGGGUCUUCACCUCCUCACUGGGAUGGUUUACGACUUUGCCCAAGGCUGUCAGGCAGCUGAGCUGGCCCAGCUAGUGGACAGUUGCAGAUCUACUGUUGUCUGGAUGCUGGAGGCCUUAAAGGGCCUGUCGGGCAGAGAGCUGACUGACUACCUGGGGUUGACUGCCUCUUACAGCAGCAACUUGGCCUACAGCUUCUUCAGUCACAGGCUCUAUGAGGAGGCCUGUGCUAUCUUGGAGCCAGUCUGUCAGCACUUGGGCUUGGCAAAGUCAGGUGUCUGUCCCGAGGUGCCUCCUGAGAAGCUGCAUAGGUGCUUCCGACUGCAUGUGGAGAGUUUGAAGAAGCUGGGUAAACAGGCCCAGGGCUGCGAGAUGGUGACCUUAUGGCUGGCAGCUCUGCAACCUUACAGCUUUGAGCACAUGGCCGAGCCAGUCACUUUCUGGGUUCGGGUCAAAAUGGAUGCAGCCAAGGCAGGAGACAAGGAGCUACAGCUGAAGACUUUGCGAGACAGCUUAAGCUGCUGGGACCCAGAGACCCAGGUCCUGCUCCUGAGGGAGGAGCUGCGGGCCUACAAGGCGGUGCGGGCUGACACUGGUCAGGAGCGCUUCAAUGUCAUCUGUGAUCUGCUGGAGCUUAGCCCUGAAGAGACAGCGGCUGGGGCCUGGGCACGAGCCACCCACCUGGUAGAACUGGCUCAGGUGCUAUGCUACCACAGCUUUUCCCAGCAGACCGACUGCUCUGCCUUGGAUGCUAUCCAGGAAGCCCUGCAGCUUCUGGAGUCUGUGAGGCCUGAGGCACAGGAGCAGGAUUGCCUUCUGGACGAUAAAGCACAGGCCUUGUUAUGGCUCUACAUCUGUACCUUGGAGGCCAAAAUGCAGGAAGGUAUUGAGCGGGAUCGGAGAGCCCAGGCCCCUGCUAACAUGGAGGAAUUUGAAGUCAAUGAUCUAAACUAUGAAGAUAAAAUCCAAGAAGAUCGUUUUCUGUACAGUAACAUUGCCUUCAACCUGGCUGCGGAUGCGGCUCAGUCCAAGUGCCUGGACCAAGCCCUGAGCCUGUGGAAGGAAGUGCUUACCAAGGAGCCUGCUCCAGCCGUGCGGUGUCUCCAGCAGACUGCAGCGUCCCUGCAAAUCCUCGCGGCCCUCUAUCAAUUGGUGGCAAAGCCCCUGCAGGCUCUGGAGACUCUCCUGCUCCUUCAGACCGUAUCUAAGAGACUACAGGACCAUGCAAAGGCAGUCAGCGCCUCCUGCCAGCUUACCCAGCAACUCUUGAGCCUCAGCUGUCCCAGCUAUGCCCAGUUAUACCUGGAAGAGGCAGAAUCAAGCCUGAAGAGUCUGGAUCAGACUACUGACACAUACCAGCUCCUUUCCCUGACCUGUGCUCUGUUUCGAAGUCAACUCUGCUGGUCUUACCAGAAGGUGACGGAGGGUGUUUCUCUAUUGCUUUCUGUCCUUCGGGAUCCUGCCCUCCAGAAGACAUCCAAGGCUUGGUACUUGCUACGUGUCCAGGCCCUGCAAAUCCUGGCUUUCUACCUUAGCCUCUCAUCAAACAUUCUCUCAAGUGCCCUGCGUGAGCAGCUCUGGGAUCAAGGCUGGCAGACCCCUGAGACAGCGCUCAUAGAUGCCCACAAGCUCCUCCGAAGCAUCGUCAUCUUGCUCAUGGGUGGUGAUGUGCUCUCAGUUCAGAAGGCAGCAUCAGAGUCACCCUUCCUAGACUACGGUGAGAAUCUAGUGCAAAAGUGGCAGGUUCUCACAGAGGUGCUGAGCUGCUCUGAGAAGCUGGUUGGCCGUCUGGGCCGUCUGGGGAAUGUGAGUGAAGCCAAGGCCUUUUGCUUGGAGGCACUGAAACUUACAACCAAGCUGCAGAUACCUCAGCAGUGUGCCCUGUUCCUUGUGCUGAAGGGUGAGCUGGAGCUGGCCCGAGGUGACAUUGACCUCUGUCAGUCAGACUUGCAGCAGGUUCUGUUCCUGCUUGAGUCUUCCACAGAGUUUGGUGGGGUGACCCAGCACCCAGACUCCGUGAAGAAGGUCCAUAUGCAGAAAGGGAAGCAGCAGGCUCCAGUCCCCUGUUCUCCACAGCUACCGGAGGAAGAGCCCUUCCUAAAAGGCCCUGCCUUGGAGCUGGUGGCCACUGUGCUCAGGGAACCUGGUCCUGUCCAACCCUCUGCAAACUCCUCCCCAGUCCUGAAAAGCAAGCCCCCGCCCAAUCCUGGCUUCCUGUCCCACUCGCCCACCUGCGGCUGCUUGCUGUGUGCCAGCCCUGUCCUCUCGGCAGUCUGUCUACGCUGGGUGUUGGUCACUGCAGGUUCGAAGCUGGCCAUGGGACAUAAAGGCCAGGGUCUGGAUCUACUGCAAACCGUGCUGAAGGGUUGCCCUGCCACCACCAAGCGCUUCACUCAAAAUCUUCAAGCUUCAUUGAAACACAGAGCACCCCCCUCUUCUGUCCCAAGCCUCUUUGACGAGCUCAUGGCUCAAGUGUAUACACACUUGGCCAUAGAAUGCCUGAACCAGACAUCUGAAAAGAACUUGGGAAAGGUCCUGGCAGCAGGACUGAAGUUUGUGGCAACACGGAUACAGUACUUAGAGUUCUGGCGAGCCAACCUGCUCUUGGUUCAGGCUCUUGCAAAGCUGGUCAAUUUCAGCUGCUGUACUUCUCAACUUUUUGCAAGCACCUGGGGCUGGCAGCCACCAUUGGUAAAAAGUCCCACAGUUAUAGAGCCCACUAAGAUUCGGAGACAAAAAUGCUCUGGACAAGGGCGCCGGCAGAUAGCCUCUGCUCCCCCACCCCUCCAUAGUAUCUCUCAGAAAGGUCUGGAAGAGGAUAGAACACCCUGUACCCCUAAGCCCUCAGGCCGGUCUAGGCAGGCUGGCCCUCGUAUCCCUUUUACCAUAUUUGAAGAAGUCCACUCUACAAAGAGCAAGCCUGAGGUUCCCUUGGCCCCCAGAGUACACAAGAGGGUCCAGACUCGCCUCAAGGUGAACUUCAGUGAUGACAGUGACCUGGAAGACCUGGUCUCAGCUGAAGCACAACUUGAGGAGGAACCUAAGAGAAGAGGGACUGCUUCCCGGGGCCGUGGUCGGGGCCGAGGCCAGGGCCGGAGCCAAACUAGGAAGGGCCCAAGCUUGAGGACAGAUGCAGUAGCUGCUGUGAGUAGUGACUCUGGACACACCAGUCUCAGUGGUAGAGGUCGUCGGGCCAAGAAGGUGGCAUCAAGUCAUUGUGAAGAGAGUUCUAAGACAGCCCUCUGUGUCCGGGCUAGCCUGGGACCUGAGAUCAUGAGAACGAUUCCUGAAGAGGAGCUAAUGGACAGCCAGCUGGAAAUGAGCUUUGAAAUUCUCAGGGGUUCCGAUGGGGAAGACUCAGCCUCAGCUGAGAAGGCGUCAGCUGCAGGUCCUCAUCUGCCCAUGGGAGAAUGUGAGGUGUUGAGACGGGACUCCUGCAAGGCAGAACUGCCUGUCGUGUACCCUGACAAGGAGGCCAAUAGUGACCCUAGUUCUUGGCUCCCGCCUCUCUCAGUUCCUGUACCCAUUGAUCUUUCUACCCUGGAUUCCAUCUCAGACUCUCUGAGCAUUGCUUUCCGUGGUGUCAGCCACUGCCCUCCAAAUGGACUCUACGCCCACCUCUGCCGCUUCUUGGCUUUGUGUCUGGGCCACCGGGACCCCUAUGCCACUGCCUUCCUUGUCUCUGAGUCUGUCUCCAUCACUUGUCGUCACCAGCUGCUCACCCAUCUGCACCGACAGCUCAGCAAGGUCCAGAAGCACCAAGGGUCACCUGAACUAGCAGAGCAUCUCCAAGGGCUGAACCUGAAGGAGAGACCUGGAGAUGUCCCCCUGGCCCGCAUCCAGCGCCUCUUCUCCUUCAGGGCUUUGGGAUCUGGCUACUUCCCCCAGGCAGAGAAGAGCAGUUUCCAGGAGCACCUGGCUCUGAUCCCCAGUGGGGUGAUUGUCUGUGUGUUGGCCCUGGCCACCCUCCAGCCUGGAACCUUGAGCAACACUCUCCUACUGACCCGACUGGAAAAGGACAACCCUCCAGUUACUGUGAAGAUACCCACUGCCCAAAACAAGUUCCCACUAAGCUCCAUUCUAAAAGAGUUUGAUGCCAUCCAGAAGGACCAGAAAGAAAACAGCAGCUGUACUGAGAAACGAGCAUGGUGGACAGGGAGACUGGCACUAGAUCAAAGGAUGGAGGAACUCAUCACCUCCUUAGAGGAGCAUGUGCUGGGCUGCUGGCGGGGGCUGCUGCUGCCAUCUAGUGCGGACCCUGGCCCUGCCCAGGAGGCCUCCCGCUUACAAGAGCUGCUGCAGGAAUGUGGCUGGGAAUAUCCAGAUUCCACUCUCCUAAAAGUCAUUCUUAGUGGUGCUAGAACCCUCACCAGCCAGGAUGUUCAGACCUUGGCAUAUGGGCUGUGCCCAGACCAGCCAGAGCGUGCCCGAGUGCUCCUGAGUGAGGCUGUAGGACGGGUACAGAGCCAGGUGGCUCCUCGAAGUCAGCAUCUUAUAUUGGUCCUAGACAAGGACCUGCAGAAGCUGCCAUGGGAAAGCAUGUCCAGCCUCCGAGCACUGCCUGUAACCCGGCUUCCCUCCUUCCACUUCCUCCUCAGCUACUAUAUCACUAAAGAGGCUGGGGCCUCAUCAGUGCUGAACCAAGGUGUGGAUCCACGGAAUACCUUCUACGUCCUAAACCCUCACAGUAACCUGUCAAGCACAGAGGAGAGAUUUCGAGCCAGUUUCAGCAGUGAAGCUGGCUGGAAAGGAGUGAUUGGGGAAGUGCCAAGCCUUGAGCAGGUGCAGGCUGCCUUGACAGAGCAUGACUUAUAUAUCUAUGCAGGGCAUGGAGCUGGUGCCCGAUUCCUUGAUGGGCAGGCUGUCAUGCGGCUGAGCUGCAGGGCAGUGGCCCUGCUGUUUGGCUGCAGCAGUGCAGCCCUCGCUGUGCAUGGAAACCUGGAGGGAGCUGGUAUCGUGCUCAAGUACAUCAUGGCUGGCUGCCCCUUGUUUCUAGGUAAUCUCUGGGAUGUGACUGACCGUGACAUUGACCGUUACACAGAGGCUUUGCUACAGGGCUGGCUAGGAGCAGGCGCAGGGGCCCCCCUUCUCCACUAUGUCAGCCAGGCUCGACAGGCUCCUCGACUCAAGUAUCUUAUUGGUGCUGCACCUGUAGCCUAUGGCCUUCCUGUCUCUCUACAAACACCCUGAAGCUGUCUUAUUUAUGGUAGAAGCUAUGUGUCUACCUACCAACUUAGUUUUAACUAUUUAGAAUUUUUAAAGCAAUUUUCCCUGGUGUUUUGUAUGAAAUGUUUCCUUUUAAUGUGACCUUAAUAAAAGAUAUGCAAGCCUCA